AUGGCGCAGUACACCGGAUUCGUGAAGUCCUACAAUGAAGCCAAAGGCUGGGGCUUUAUUGAGUGUCCUCAGACACAUGCCAUCUACGGCAAGGACAUCUUCGUGUUGAGGAGUGCGCUGCAGGGCGGUGGUCAGGGUGACCAGGUCAUGUUUAGCGUGAUGGACAGCGGGCGAGGACCACAGGCUGCCGAUGUUGUGGUGCUGGGGUCCACGAGACCCGUUCCCCAAGUGGCCAUGAAUGGACAUGGGUUUGCUCAGCCGCAAAUGGCGCGGCCAGCCCCAACGACCUUGUACAGCCAGCCCAUGAGUCAGCCUGCAGGCUCCACAAUGGUUGGGACAGUGAAGUCCUACAACGCAGAAAAGGGUUGGGGUUUUGUCACAAGUCCGGAAGUCGUGCAGAUGUUUGGGAAGGAUGUCUUUUUCAUGAAGUCCUCCGUCGUGGGCGGCGCCAUUGAGAGGGAUGCGCAAGUCUCCUUUACUGUGGUGGCCGGGGCGAAGGGGAUGCAGGCAGAGAAAGUGUUUCCACUCUCCGCGAUGUCUGCGAUGACUUCGGCACCUUCAAUGACUUCAAUGAAUCCCAUGUCGUCACUGCCUCCCAUGCUCGCACCACCUGCAAGCAUGGCAAUGUCAAGGCCUGCGCAUGCCUUGCCUGCACCUGACCAACUCUUCUUUGGAGCUGUGAAAGGCUACAGCGAAGAGAAGGGAUGGGGACACGUUUCCUGCCAGGCUGCACGAGCCAUAUGGGGAAAGGACGUUUUCCUGCCAAAGAGCACACUUGGUGGUGCCACUGUGGAGCCUGGCACUCUUCUGGGCUUCAAGGUUAUCAUGGCACCGAAGGGUCCACAGGUGUCCGAACUGUCAGUUCUGCCUGCUGAGACCUUUGAGAUCGAAGGAUCGCUGAUGACAGAGGGCUUUGGUCGACGACCGGAUCUGUACGAUGACGACACCUUUGUCCCCAUCGAUGAGCAGCCAGCGGCAUGGGCAGGUAUGGCGAAGCCAAAGACACAGCAAUCAUCGCCAUCCACAAGGGUCCCAGACAAGGAGGAGACAGAAACAGCGGCAGCAGCAGAAGCGCAAGAGGGCGUCAACAGUUUCCUUCAUGGUGACAGCCAUGUCGCCCAGUCCCCAGCCUUGCCUUCUGCACCUGAGCCCGAGUCACAGAUGCAGCCAUCCAAACUGCCGCAGCCCCCGCCGUUUCCGCCACCUCCCCUGCCCCCUCCCCUGCCCCCUCCGCUGCCCCCUCCGCAGCCCGCAAUCCCGCCGAUGCCCAGAGACUCCACGCACUCCACGCCCAUGCGCUCAGAAGCCAGCAAAGAGCUGCAAGAGCCCGAGUGGCAGGGAUCUGCUUGGGAGAUGCAGAGGGACGCUGUGGGGUCAUCUGAAAGGCUAGAAACGGAACACGUGGAACACAAGGAACACAGAGACAUGAGCCAUGCUGGCAUGAACCUGGAGGCUAUCGAUUGGUCCACACGGACUCCUCCGAAAGAGGCCUCUGAGGCCUACAAGGAGCACCCGGCAGUGUCUGCCCAGACUCGCCAGGAAGUGCAGGACUUCUUGCGGCAGAAUGAUGCGCAUAUUGAGGGUGCUGAGGACUUUCCGAAGCCAAUUCGUUUGUUUGAGCACAUAGGCUUGCCAGGAUCAGUCCUCGAAUAUCUCAGAGCAGAGUUUGCUGCUCCAACUCCCAUACAGUCUGUUGGUUGGCCGGUGGCUCUGUCUGGACGAGACAUGGUGGGGCUAGCGCAGACAGGCAGUGGAAAGACCCUCGCAUACCUUCUCCCAGCAAUGCUCCACAUCAAGGCACAGCCCAUCGUUGAAGCAGGAGAGGGCCCUGUCAGCCUUGUCGUGGCACCCACGCGUGAGUUGGCGAUGCAGAUUCAGAUGGAAGCUUUUCGCAUCGGCGAGCUUCUGGGAGUCCGUGAUGCUGUUGUGUACGGUGGCGUGUCGAGGCGCGGGCAAGAGCAGACUCUGCGCAAGGGUGUGGACAUCCUCAUCGCCACGCCUGGAAGAUUGCUCGACUUCUUGGAGGCACGAGUAACCAACCUCGAGCGCGUGUCCUAUCUCGUUGUCGAUGAAGCAGACCGAAUGCUGGACAUGGGCUUCGAGCCGCAGCUGCGACGAAUUGUCUCACAAGUACGCCCAGAGCGACAGACUUUGAUGUGGUCUGCGACCUGGCCUGCAAGUAUCCAGAACUUGGCUACAGACUUCUGCAAAGAAGACACGCUGAAGGUGACAAUUGGAAUUUCAGCAGCAAAGGCCAACCCAAGCAUUCUACAAGACGUCCGCAUCGUGACGGAAUUGGACAAGAAACAGCGAUUCUUUGAAUGGCUCCAGGAAGUAUCACCUCCACAGGGCGCGCAGCCGCGCAUGCUGGUUUUCACCGACACGAAGCGAGCCGCCGAUGCCUUGUGCAGAGAGUUGAGGUAUGAGCAGUAUGCGGCGAGCGCCAUACACGGAGACAAGGACCAACGAGAGCGUGACUCGAUUCUGUAUCAAUUCAGGAAAGGCCGGUGCCAAAUUCUGGUUGCCACAGACGUCGCCCAGAGAGGUUUGGACAUCAAAGACGUGGCGUAUGUGGUGAAUUACAACAUGCCCAAUACCAUUGAAGACUACGUGCAUCGCAUCGGAAGAACAGGAAGAGCAGGUGCAGUCGGCACGGCCGUGAGCUUCUUCACCUGCGAUUUCGGGGCAUCUGACAAAGUCCGCCUGGCCCGUGCCCUCGUGAAAGUCAUUCAGGAAGCUGGACAAGAGCCUCCCGAGGCUUUGAGGCUCUUCAAUGUCGAGAAGGGUUGGGGCUUCGUCACCAGUGACGAAAUCACCGCCCUUUUCUCCGGCAAGGACAUCUUUCUGCACAAGGCUGCUUUAUCGAAUGCCAAUGGCCUUCCGCAGGUUGGGCAGCAGGUCAACUUCACCAUCGAAGUCGGGGACAGCGGGAAACUGCAGGCCAAGGAUGUUAUGUUUGACGGCAUGGAGCCGUCCGGCUUCGAGGAUGGCGGUUUCUCUCCGGUGCGACCGGAGGUUGCGUCUCUGAGAGCGGCUCCUUUCUGA